AUGAACGAAUGUGAGUCUAUAGAGCCUUGUGGAGAUUUAAUGCCAAUGCCUCCACCUCCUUCGCAGCGACCUUCUAUUCUAAAAGUAUCAUUCCAAGAGGAUGCUAAUACAAGCAGAAGAUCAGACAGUAGAUCGUCCACAGGUGAUGGUCACACAGGUCCACACAAAGUUAAAUUCUGCAAUCCUAUGUGCAGCAUUAUAACAUAUGAACAAACGACGGUUAAAGUUACUGGUUCUAGUUGUACAUGUGAUAUUUUUUAA